GCAGAAGCAGCAGCAGCGACUUUGCUUCCGCGCCCGCUUCCGCGCCCGCUUCCGCGCCCGCUGCCGCGCCGCCCUCGCGCCGCCCUACCGCCGCCCGCGGGCGCAGUGUUCAGCCCCGCUCCGCCGCGGUCCUGCGCAUCCGCUUCCGCCGCCUCCUCACGUCCCCGCGUCCCUGGUGUCUCGCAGCCGGAGGCAGCGCGGACUCCUCGCAUCUCGCAAGACAUAACAGAAAACAAUUUCAACAUGUCAUCGGUCAAGCGCUUGGUUUAUGCAGUCAUCCGUUUCUUGAGAGAACAGAGUCAGAUGGAUACUUUCACUCCAGAUGAACAAGAAAGCUUGGAAGUUGCAAUUCAGUGUCUGGAGACUGUGUUUAAGAUUACCCUGGAAGAUACUCAUCUUGCAUCCUCACAGCAUUUGAUAGAAAUGUUCACAAAUUCUAUUCAAAAGAAUGACAUGCUGCCUCUCUCACGUUCUUUACCAGAAGGCGUUGCAAAGGCUGACCAACUGAAGGAUGAAGGUAAUAAUCAUAUGAAGGAAGAAAAUUAUGGUGCUGCAGUGGAUUGUUACACUCGGGCUAUAGAACUGGAUCCAAACAAUGCAGUCUAUUACUGCAACAGGGCUGCUGCUCAAAGUAAGCUCAACAACUUCAGGGAAGCAAUAAAGGACUGUGAGAGUGCCAUAGCAAUAGAUCCAAAGUACAGCAAAGCCUAUGGAAGAAUGGGGUUGGCUCUGACCUCAGUGAAUAAAUACGAAGAAGCAGUUACCAGUUAUCAAAAAGCACUGGAUCUUGAUCCAGAGAAUGACUCUUACAAGUCAAAUUUGAAAAUAGCAGAACAGAAACUAAGAGACGUGUCCAGUCCUACUGGAACUGGACUGAGUUUUGACAUGGCAAGCUUGAUAAACAAUCCUGCCUUCAUUAGUAUGGCAGCAAGCUUAAUGCAAAAUCCUCAAAUUCAACAACUGAUGUCAGGGAUGAUGUCAAAUGCCAUUGGUGGCCCUGCUGCUGGGGUUGGUGGCCUUUCGGAUUUGUCCAGCCUGAUCCACGCGGGGCAGCAGUUUGCACAGCAGAUACAGCAGCAGAAUCCUGAGCUCAUAGAGCAACUGAGAAAUCAUAUCCGGAGCCGAUAUUUGAGUGGCAGCACUGAAGAACAUUCCUGACUUCAAUGAGUCACAUGAAUUGGAAUGAUGUAUAACCCCAAAAUGCAUACCAUAGUUAGUAGCAAAAGCACCAUUGUAACUCUUCUGCUUGAAUAGAAGACAGAAAAUUCUUUGUGUGUGUUUGCAAACAAGAAUAAAUCUGGUAAACAGACCUCUUGCACAUAACUUGGAACAUAGCGUUUAUGUGUAGUUACUCCUCUGAAAAUCAAUACACUGAAUGAGUGGUUUAUCAAAAUCCCCGUCCCAGUCAUUUCAGUAGGUGCAUCAGAUUGACCUCCAGGGCUACUGAGUGGGGAGUUUUGUAGUGUGCUGAUCUUGCAUAAUAGCUACUUCUAAAAUGAUAGUGUAGAAGAUGUGUUACUCAUAUGGUAAGGAUCGUGAUGGCUGUCCUCCUUUAAACAGUAUUGAAAUACUGAAAUAUUGAAACAAUAGGCCCAUCUGAUGUGCCCUUUUAUAAUGAGCGUUAAGUAGUGUUGGUACAGAGAGUACUUAAAACUCAUGCUUGAGAAGUCUGUUUCCUUAAUCCUGUGGAGGGGCCUUCAUGAGUAACACGAAAUACUUUACAACUUCAUUGGGCAGAAGAGAGGGAGAUGACUGCGUAUGAAGGAGUAGCACACAUUGUAGAGAAAGAAAAGACAGUAAUUCUGUGUAGGAUAAUGCACAGAAAUCAAAAUGGAACUUGGCUUGGGAAAGGAAAAGAAAAGUUGUAGGGUUUUCUACUGCCAUGUAUGUUCUCACAUCAUGAUGGUAGCCCUGGAGGUCAGAAUUAUGGCUCUAUGUUCCUAGGCAUGGCAAGCUGUAUUACAUUCCGUAUGUAUGCAGUAUUUAAUAUAAACAUAAAAUUCUUAACUGUAAUAAGCUAAAACUGAGCCUGUGACUGUACAAAUAACUAGUACUGAAAAUUUUAAAGAACUGCCUUAGAAGGAUUCUUUUUCUAUCCUUGUGUGAUAAAUCACUGGCUUAAACAAUUGGGGAUUUUUUUUAAUUACAUAUAUCUAUCUAAAAUGAUGGUUAUAUAGUAAAGUUAAAGAUUUUUUGACUCUAUAGUAUUUGUUUCUUGCUCAGUUAAUAUCACUCUUGCAAGACUGCUGCUCUUCUGUACGUCUAGUAUGUUAACUUUUUUUACUCUGUUUACUGUUCACACUGCUUUGUGAUAUAAAGUACACUUGUUCUUAGCCCAGGGACCUUCUCAAUAUACUUUCCUCUUCCCAUAUCUAAACUAAAUUGAGGAGCCUGCUUUGAAUUUUUAGGCAAAGUGAUCUCUCAUGGCCAGUUAGUCUGGAGGAGUAACAAUGGACUCCCAAAUGGAGAAAUACACAGAAACUCCUGAACCUUGGACUUUAUAUCCAAUUGACCCUGUGCUCAUAAAAGAGCUCCUCCAGCAGAAGCAAAUGCAAAAUUUGGGGCUAAGUAAUAUACCUGAUUCUAACAAAUUACUGUUGUACAUCUACGGUAUGAAUCAGACAGAAAAAUGCUGAUCCAAGGAGAAAUGAAAGGAAUUGGAGAAAACACAAAUCUAGGAAAUCCAUAUUACCAUCUGUUGAAUAAAGAGGUAAAGCUUAAUACAUGAACAAUUUUAAGACAUUUCAUACUUUAUUGAAUAGCUUGUCUAUGUACAGCAUUAAAAUGCUUUUGAAAAUUCUCACUGAGUUAUUAUAGCUGCUUUCUUCAGGUUGUAGAGAUACUUCAGCUUUACAUUAAAUACAUUUUCAAGUAACAGCUUCUGACUCAAUAUCUGAUGACAAGAAAGAGAAUCCCUAAAGGGAUCCUUUGUCAGAGGUAGCUCAGAUUCUGAAUAUUAUUUAUUCAAGGAAAUUUAAUUAUGUUUAAUUACACUGUGUAGGACAGGAAUACCAUUUAGAAGGAAGCUUUAUGGAGGCGCUGGGUGGGCUACAAAAAGUGUACAGGUAUUACUUGGAAUAGUGUGUUGCGUCAGGAGAGAAGCAUUGUACCUAGCAUGUUAAACUUCACAGUUCCUUUUAAUUCUCUUUCAUAUCUUCAACUGCCCAAAGUGUGUUUCACUGACUUUGAUAGGGGGAACCAAAAAAUCCGUGGUGGAGUGGGCAGCUCUGCCAAUAUCUCUGUACAAACUCAAAUUAUUCUCACUUUGCAAGAGCAAUCCUCAUGCAGUUACUUUUCUGCUUUGAGACAGAGUGUCAAGAAUUUAAUGAGAGUUCCUUAAGAGCGACAAAGUAUGUUAAGAUCCAAAAAGGGCAGAAGAAGUAGUGUACUCAUACUGUUAAGUACAAGCUCUAUAACUUACUGGAUUUAUGGGAGAACAAUCCCCAAGGUUAAAUGGAAUGAAGCAUUGGUUAGUUACCUGAAAACUACUCUUGAAGUCAUCUUCAUGGAGUUGUAACUUUCACUUCACAUGCUACAAUAUUGUUUAGGUUUUACUUCAGAUAAUACAGAGUAUAUAUUAAAAUGUUAACAGCAUUAGCUAAGCCUUCAGGAAUGUACUACAACUGUCUGGCACAAUACUUUACAGUAAACAUUCUCUAUUUCUUAUGUAUUAACAGAAGGGGCUUUAUAGCCUAAACAAAAAACAGUGAAACCAGUAACAGGAGCUGUCAUUACAUGCUUUUCCACUGAAAUCAUGAACAGAGAGAUCAUUUAUGCUAAAGUCUGCUUUCCUUUGAAUUGCCUAGAUUGUUUCAGUCACGCAACAUGUCUUAAUCACAGGGUGUGGAAGGAAUCUUUUCCAGUGUAGUAACUGCACUGUAUCUUGUGCUAAAAUUUUUCUUCCUGAUAGAUAAAGUGGUAAACCCACAAUCCCUCUAAAUAUUGCUUUAAUUUAAGAUCAAUUGCAGUUUAUCAUUCAACUGAGCAAAUCUGCAUUUACACCUAAUUGGUUUUGUAUCAUUACUGUUCCAUCAGUGUGUAAGUACAAUAAUUUGUUAGAGAAGAAAGUAUUUUGCAAUCAAUUGUGAACUCCUGUAACCUGCUUGCAUGGGAGUAUAUUCUUCUAACAGUGAUCAUAAAGACACUUAAAGAAAUAUUCAGCUUAGAUGUUGUUUUAGUUGCACUCUUGGUUUUGUAACAAGUGCAAAGUAAAAUCACUCAUGCAUACUGAUAUAGAACUAGCUCUGUAACUUUGAGUAGAUUGUUUUACGGCAACAGAAUAGUCAUACUGGCAUAAUGCAACUUGUCUACUAUUUCUGUAUCUCUCCUACCUCUUACUGCCAUGUGGUUACAUCUCCUUCAAUUUGUGUAGUUUAACUCAAAGAUAUAUUAUAAAUAAAGUUAUAUACUUUUUUUGUCUGUAUAGUUGUGGUUUUCUGGUUUAAUUUUUUAUGUAUCUGAAGUAGCAGGUAAAUUGCAUUGUUUAUAUACCUGUUCAUGUUGGUUGGAUUUUAUCACAUAGGCAGGAUCCAUUUCUAAUUUAUUGUUUCCUGUACGGACUUAGUUUCUCAAUAUACAAAGCUGGUUCUCAAUUUCUCCAGUAUUUUAACACUGUAUUUUAAUACUUAAAUUUCUCCAGUAUUUUAAUACUCUUAAUAUUUUACACAUGGGAAGCUCAAGUAAAAUAGUAUCAAAACUAACUAUAAAGUUGCUAAGUGCCAGCAUGGUAGCUGAGAAAUACAAGCUGCUGAUUAGUCUUUAACACUAGUUUAACUAGUGUUAAACUAGGAAAGACAGUUGCCAUUUUGUCUAUGAAAUGGCUGCCUCUGGGUAACCAUAGAUAUUUCAGCCAAAAACAUUUUCAGUUUCUGUCAAAACAAAGCUAGGGAAAAGCACAUUGUAGUGCUUGACCAGGCCCAAAACUUCCUCUUGUGUAUGCUUUAGAGAACUUGAUCUAAGGCAGCAAUGCAGGAUGGUUUUUUUCCUUUCUUUUUUUUUUUUUCCUUAAAAAUCUAUUUAAUUGCCUCUGGGAUGGGAAGAAUAAUUGGAACCACCUUAUUUUAACAGUAAGAAACUACCUGAGCUCUACUAUUUCAGUUUUCAGUUGGAAAGUAACAUGCCUGUUAACAACAUGUCCUGUAUUGCAGGGAUGCACAACUCCGCUCAUGACAGCAGAUAAUUGGGACAGAUUUGCUAUAUUGCUUCUGCUUCAAAGAGUGAGCCACAACCAACACCGUCAUUGCUUAUACUUCAAUUCCUAGCUCCAAGUGCCUCUAACAAUGCCAGCUGCACUCUCUCAUCUCAUGCCUUUAUCAGGUUUUAUUUCCUAUGGCUGUACAUGUACCAUGUAAACACACUGCCAUGCCAGGUACCCCAUAUUAUUUUUUUUUUUUUCAAUUUGGAUUCCAGGAACUUGUCUGUAAAAGAUCAGUUCUUCUGAACUGAAGUAGUCUUGUCAGAGCCAUGAUUUUAAAAGGGUUUAAAUACUUCAAAAAUUAAAAUAAGAAAAAUAAGCACAAAUUGCUAAUAUUUCUUAUCAAUCUCAUCCUCCUGUCCUGAGAUUAUGUAAAUGAAAUAUAAUUUGCUAGAACUACACUUUUUUCAAAGGUUUUAUUUUUAGUAGAUAAAAUGCAUAUGCAUGUUUUAAAAUAUUUGAAAACAUUCAAGAAAUGCUCAGAGAAAUUAAAUAAUUAUUAUCACAUUUACAGCUAUAUAGUGAUUUGAUUUUUUUUGUACUCAUUUUAGAACAAUUGACAGCAAAAACAUCAAGAAGUUGGUCAAAAAAACCCAGUAAAACUACACAUUUUUUUUCUUCAGCUUUGCUUGAUUUCUGAAGAAA